CCACUUCCGAGCCGUGUAUCAAACGUAACAGACAGAUGGUACCAUGACGAUACAAAGCGUUCGAUGGAACAAAACAACCGAGAAGCUGUUCGUAAACAGAAACGUACUUUCUUCUUGGUGUUUACGUGGCUGUUACGAGUACUGUCGGUAAACGUUGUUCUGAGCAAAAUGUGCUCCAAAGUUUGUUGUUUUCCACGCGUAGCCACCAAUGAUUGUAUUGAAAACUCAGAUAAAGUUGGGAAUGUUGCCGAAACCCAGAAGAAGAUCAUACUAUCUUCAGAAGAUUCACGUUCAAAGAAAAAUGGCAAUAGAGCUGCUACAAGAGACCCAACGACACCCUGUAUGUCGGUGAGGCCAACAUAUUGCAUCUCAGAGAAACCCGCCAAAUCCAGCGAUCACUGUCUGGAUGUCUGCUGGAUUUCUGAUGACGGGUUGUCACGUGUUUUCAAGUAUUUAGCCUUGGCCGAUUUGUUGUCCUGUGCGUGUGUCUGCAGUCAAUGGCACAGAUGUGCCCAUCUGCCCGACGCGUGGACAGGGAGAACCGUUACAGUUGACUUCAGUCUGAGCGCCGACCAUUCUGUCUACAAACCGACAGAGGAGACCACCAAAGUUUUGAAGGCGUUCGGGCACUGUAUCAGGGACGUCAAGCUCUUCCUUCCCCGAGAAGAGUGCCCGUACGCCAAGUCUCGUCACGUCACGCGUAAAAUCGCGUGGGUGGAGGUGAGCAUUCUAGUGCUGGCAGCUGCGCAUGCGGGACACCUCAGCAGCUUGGAGUUGCACGCCUUUGAACACACGUUAUACAAGGACCCGGUUUGUGGCAGCCGUCGGUGUCGCUCCAUCACAUUCCCCAUGAGGGAAUUUCUUCGCGAGGUCCUUGCCUGUUCCCCGGGCCUCCAGCGCUUGGUGGUGAAUGGCCUCCCACAAGAGCAGUGUGCUCUGUUCCGCUCUUCCCUACACAACGUGCGACAUCUCCGACAUUUUGCUCUCAACUACACCAAAGAUUACGACCCAACGGCUAGCACAGGAGGCCUGCCCGGAAGGUCUAGACCAGACACGCUGUUCCCGGACUCUCCUCUACAGAUACAAAUACUGAAGUUACAGAGCACAUACAUCAGUGAACAGUUUUUACAGGUAGUGAGUAAAGGAGGACUCCCACAUUUGAAGAAGCUCGUGAUCGUGACUCGGCAGGAACGAUACAACCCUUUCCUGCUGCCGACUUGGGACGGCGUGUUCCGACGAUUACCGAAGUUACGACUCGGGCUAUUCUUCCUGGAUGUCCACAUGACCCCUGAAGAGUUUGGUCCAUUCCUGCGGCCUGACCUGCCGGUGACUGACCUGGGAUUUUGUACACCUAGCGUUUUUCCGAGCCUACAGAUCGAGGCUGUUAUGACAAUGAUACCCGACUUAUACUGUUCGACGCUUGAGUCGUUCUUCUUACUCGGAAUAUGCGGGUUGUUCUGUCAAGAUAGCCUCGUCGACAUCGUCAGAAAAUGCACCAAGUUGACCAAGUUGGUCGUGGAGCCGACGCUUUUAGCCGAAACGGUGACGAGGAUCGCCGAAGCGGGACGGAGACGGUUGAAGACGUUGGUUGUUCAGUGGAUGAUGGACAGGGUGAAGACGGACCCGACCAGACUGCGUCUGCUCAGUGCAGACGAUAUCCAGAUGCUGCAGAAUCACGUGACCGCACACCUGCAGCAACCGUCUGAAGUGGCGCUCCACAGCAAGAUGGCCCCAAACUAUCGACUGAACGUCGAACACUUCAUAUAAGCAAACUAAUACAAUUAAAACGAUAUUGUACUCAAAGCUAUCGACAAUAAAAUAAACCUCAAGAAAGAUUCCCGUGCCCCGUGUUUUGUAUGCAUAUGUGUGUGUACGUCUUUAAGUUCGUCAUAAUAUUAUUCUUCUAUUA